AUGUCCGACGUUCCUGAAAACGACCGCCGAUGGGAGCGGAAUUUGGGAGAGGCUGUGGGAGGAGGCAUCCGCGAAGUCAGACUAUUCCAUGCCCGUCGUGCCGUGCCACCAUCCACCCCUCCGCGCACUUCCGGUGCCAGUCUCGACCUGGUUCCUUCCAGUCACUACAAUGGUCCGACAGCUGCACCAAACCGAGCGACUAAACGUCGUUCAGAUGCUGAGGUGGCUCCACAAAUCGGAAGUCUCUCCAAACGCCGACGUCGUCAGGCGACCCUGAAAAAGGGUUCGGAAACCGCGGCCCUGGUGUGGUUCGAGAAGCCCGAAAUGCCGGAACAUCAGGUCACCAGCGUCCGGGAUAACGAUGUCCUGUUGGAUUGUUGGGAAACUCGCCGACAAAAGCAGCUACCUCCUCCACCCGUGCCAUCAGACCUGUAUCGCAAGAAGGUUGCCAUUGACGAGAAAAAGAAGGGAGGGAGGACGCGCCACCCCAAAAACGAGAUUAAUCCGUUUCUCGACAUUAAAGACGAAGAAGUGGACAAGCUAUACCAAUUGCGGAACAGUAAUGAUUUGGAAAAGACGCUCCACCCUCAGAUGCAGAAACGGCUUGACGAAUAUCACGCCGCGGGUCCGGCUGCUAAAUUCGAGGCGCAAGUGGCUCUCUGGAAAUACUUCAUAGAGCGCAUCAUCAACAACCGCCAAUCGGAAAUUACCCACGCGAAAAAAGCUUUGGCGGAAUAUGAAGCAUACCAUGCCGCGAACGCUGCGAGGAUCGAGUCCGAUGUCGAAGCAGCUCCGGAGGACGAAAUGAUCGAUCGGCUUAAUCUUUCAAAUGAAAGCGAAUACGACCUUGUCGACGAAGAGGAUGCAGACAUGGCGGGACACGCGUUUGAUUCAUCAUUCUCUACACCAAUGAACAACCAGAUCUGUCAUGCGAAUUUUUCUGAAGCAGGGCCAUCUACCUCACAAGCCCCGGGGCCACCUUGCAACUGUGCUAAAUGUUGUCCCACGAUGAGCCAUGCAGGGAUGCAAAACACGAGACCAGUUGCUCCAGGAGAUGAGCAUUCGAGUUCGCCGACUUUUUGCACCCCGGAUCUGUCCGCAGCUAAGCGCGACCUACUACAGGGGCUAGAGACCGCUGUCACCGCAAUUCGAUCAAUCGAACCUGCCGCUGGCGUCGUAUUUCAAAACCUGGAGCAUAGCACCCAAGUGGACCGUGCGAGGAUUUUUGCCCUUGUGAGAGAAGUUGCCAAUUUCGCUGACGUGAUGCUAUGUCACGACCUCGAUCCGCCGACGGAGGUGCAAAACGUGCAGUUUUCACAGCUCGAUGAUCUACAGCUUACUCCUCCGGGACUAGCCUUCCCAACUACGCCUCAACACGACGACCACCCCUACUCUCCGCAACCCGAUCCGAUC